AUGGGUAGUGAGGCAGAAAGCAACGGUGGAUUAGAGACUGAAACUAGUGGGGAUGGUUCUGGAAUGUGUUAUGUAGCCGAGGACGAAGUGCUGGUUGAGUGGCUAGCUUGGGCAUUAAGGAAUCAAAGCAAAAUGCAACGAGCAAGAGAAAUAGUAGUGAAAAGACACUUUGGAGAAUUGAAUAUUGUAGCGAGAUUAGAAGAGCAAGAGAAGCUCAUUCUAAUCAAUGAGUAUAUUAAUAAGGAUUUUGUUUAUCCUCCUGUGUUUUUAGGAUCUAUCUUAGGAUUUAACAAGAAUAACUGGAAUAAGAACAUUGAGAAACUCUUAGAGGAGUUUGAUAUCAAGCAAAAACCGGUUUAUGGUGUGAAAGAGAACUGUUUCUUGUUUGAGAAAUUGAAGUAUUUAGUGCUAAAGUACAUGGAGAGGAGUAGGAAGUAG